GCCGGUGUGGGCGCGCGCACGGGAGGUGGCUGGGGGUUGUGCUCGCUCCUGCUCUCUCUGCUCUCUGACCCCAGUGGCAACUGCGAUUCACUACAACUCUGCACCGUCGGUGGGAGGCUGCUCCCUCUGACUCCCUCUCCCCUCCCGCUUGUCUGUCAGCGUCUCUCGUCCGCCUCCCCCUCGCUUUCUUGUCUGGUUUCUUUGCACAGAAGCCAGCAGAGGUCCCACCGGGUCGAAGGUUCUGCCCUACCUGCAACCAUACCCCUGCCAACCCGGAUCGCUCGCUCAGCUCUACCCCCGCCUGCUCUCCUCGGCUGCCUGCCGCAUGGACCCUUGUCUCUCCACCGCGUAGAGGGCGACCCCGACCCGACUCUCUACCUCCGACUUGACCCAAAAACCGCACAAAACCCUGCACGACGAAGCCGGCAGAGUGCUGAGUGGGUGAGGCGGGUGUUUGCUGACUUCCUUGGCUUUUUCUGAGCCGCUCCAAAGGAUGUCCGCUGCACGCAUCGCUGCUGAAUCCCGCUGAACAAACGGCGUCUCAUGUCCACGCGUCGGAAGGAUGGCUCAUGGCAAAGUGACCAUCACGGUGGAUGAGUACAGCUCCAACCCGACACAGGCCUUCACCCACUACAACAUCAACCAGAGCCGCUUCCAACCGCCACACGUCCACAUGGUGGAUCCGAUUCCCUAUGACACUCCCAAACCAGCCGGCCACACCAGAUUUGUGUGCGUAUCCGACACGCACUCGCGUACAGACGGCAUCCAGAUGCCCUACGGCGACGUGCUGCUUCACAUGGGCGACUUCACGGAGCUGGGCCUCCCUUCCGAGGUCAAGAAGUUCAACGACUGGCUAGGUGGCCUUCCUUACGAGUUUAAGGUGGUAAUCGCCGGGAAUCACGAGUUGACCUUUGACAAGGACUUUAUGGCUGAGCUGGUCAAGCAGGAUUACUACCGAUUCCCCUCGGUCUCCAAACUCAAACCGGAGGACUUUGACAAUGUCCAGUCGCUCCUUACAAACUGUGUCUACCUGCAGGACUCGGAUGUCACCAUCAAGGGAUUCCGGAUAUACGGCACACCCUGGUCUCCGUGGUUCAACGGCUGGGGCUUCAAUCUGCCCCGGGGUCAGUCCCUGCUGGAUAAAUGGAACCUGGUCCCAGAAGGCAUCGACAUCCUGAUGACCCACGGCCCGCCGCUGGGUUUCCGAGACUGGGUUCCUAAGGAGCUGCAGCGGGUCGGCUGCGUGGAGCUGCUCAACACGGUCCAGAAGAGGGUGCGACCCAAAUUGCACGCCUUUGGCGGCAUACAUGAAGGCUACGGCAUCAUGACGGACGGUUACACGACGUUCAUUAACGCGUCCACCUGCACCGUCAGCUUCCAGCCCACCAACCCUCCCAUCGUCUUCGACCUGCCCAAUCCGUCCAGCUCCUGAGACCACAGCAAAGGGGGGGCGGGGCUUGGAGGUGAGAAUUGUUUUUUCUACAAAUGUCAAUUAAAAAAAAAAAAAAAAAAAAAAUGUGUCUUUGCAAACUGUUGGUCCUCUCCAAGAAUUUUUGGAGAUGUGUCGGGUCAAACUUGAAGGAGAAUAUCGGUGUUGGUCUCUUUUUUGAUCUGUGAUUGUAUUUCCCACACAAAAUCAACAUGUGUGGAAGUUUUCAACUCGAGACUUCACUUGCCUUUUUUUUUCAGGGGGGGUGUCAAUUAUGAGCCACUUUUUUUGUCAUCCCACAGACUUCCCUUUUCAUCUCAGAGCUGCAUCUUGCUUUUUCUUUUUGACUGCAGGGAGAAAAAUGUCUGUACCACCACUGACAAAAAAAAAAAAUGCAGAACACCGGUAUUCUCCUUUUCCCGGGGGAUUUUGUGAUUAAACAAUCUUGCUCUUGAUAAAUAUCGGUCAGAUCUGUAAGAUAAAUCAUGCUUUGUGAAUUUGUACAAUUUCUUUGUUUGGUUGACCGAACAACGGAUGCCAUCAAUGUUUUGCUCUUGUAUCAUCCAUUUUUGUCUUUUAGUUUUGAUUUUUUUUUUGUUAGUUUUUCUCGUCAGUUGCGCUUUUCUUAUUGGCUGACAGGGACACUGCCUUAAACUAGCUUUAAUGUUCUCAGCUAGAGCUCCACUCUUUCUUUCUGCAAAAAUCAGAGAGAGAGAGGGAAGAAAAAAGUCCUUAUUUAUUGUCCGACUUUCCCGCUAGACAACACGGAACUCGCGAAGGGACCGAAAGCUAUUAAAUUACAGCCCAAACGUUUACUUUAGAUUCCAUCCUAUUCGAUGACUCCUAAUUUGGAAAGUUUAUGUAUAAAAAAAUAUAUAUAUUAUAUAUACAUGUUGUAAAAUUUCUGUACUAAAAGUUGUGUUUAACGAGGGUGAAGGAAGGGUGAGCGGUCUCUUUUUCUUUUUUUUUUUUUCGUUCCACAGGGUUUUUGUUUUGUUUUUACGUCUCGGUCAUUUUGGAUGAGAGGAAACGUUUGGCUGUCACAAUCCAUCAGGUGCUUUUGAUUGCCUGCCUAAACAUGCUUAUGUUUCAAGUGUCAUUCGGAUAGUAUUUUUAUUUUAUUGCUUUGUUUUCUUUCUAAUUUUGCACUGUGUGUAAAUGCAAUCUUGCUAGCACAAAAAAAAAAAAUGUUGCCAAUAGUAGUUUUGACUUUGCUGCUGUAAAUGCUCUUUUCGUGCUUUUAUUCCUUCCCUUCUCUUUGGCUCUCUCUGAUUGUAUGGAAAUGUUAGUCCUCUCUUUUCUGUUCAUUGUGAUAUAUUUAGCUGCCUUUAUAUGCAAAUAAAAUUGCAGAUUUUUACUUAUGAAA